AUGGUGCAGCCCCUCCUCCUCACCUCUGUCUCACCUCUGUCUCACCUCUGUCUCACCUCUGUCUCACCUCCUCCUCACCUCUGUCUCACCUCUGUCUCACCUCCUCCUCCCUCACCUCUGUCUCACCUCUGCCUCACCUCUGUCUCACCUCUGUCUCACCUCUGUCUCACCUCCUCCUCACCUCUGCCUCACCUCUGCCUCACCUCUGUCUCACCUCUGUCUCACCUCUGUCUCACCUCUGUCUCACCUCUGUCUCACCUCCUCCUCACCUCUGUAUCACCUCCUCCUCACCUCUGUCUCACCUCUGUCUCACCUCUGUCUCACCUCUGUCUCACCUCUGCCUCACCUCUGUCUCACCUCUGUCUCACCUCCUCCUCACCUCUGUCUCACCUCUGUCUCACCUCCUCCUCACCUCUGUCUCACCUCUGUCUCACCUCUGCCUCACCUCUGUCUCACCUCCUCCUCACCUCUGUCUCACCUCCUCCUCACCUCUGUCUCACCUCUGUCUCACCUCUGUCUCACCUCUGCCUCACCUCUGCCUCACCUCUGUCUCACCUCUGUCUCACCUCUGUCUCACCUCUGUCUCACCUUUGUCUCACCUCUGUCUCACCUCUGUCUCACCUCCUCCUCACCUCUGUCUCACCUCUGUCUCACCUCCUCCUCACCUCUGUCUCACCUCUGUCUCACCUCUGUCUCACCUCUGUCUCACCUCUGUCUCACCUCUGUCUCACCUCUGUCUCACCUCUGUCUCACCUUUGUCUCACCUCUGUCUCACCUCUGUCUCACCUCUGUCUCACCUCUGUCUCACCUCUGCCUCACCUCUGUCUCACCGCUGUCUCACCUCUGCCUCACCUCUGUCUCACCGCUGCCUCACCUCUGCCUCACCUCUGUCUCACCUCUGUCUCACCUCUGUCUCACCUCUGUCUCACCUCUGUCUCACCUCCUCCUCACCUCUGUCUCACCUCUGUCUCACCUCUGUCUCACCUCUGUCUCACCUCCUCCUCACCUCUGUCUCACCUCUGCCUCACCUCUGUCUCACCUCUGUCUCACCUCUGUCUCACCUCCUCCUCACCUCUGCCUCACCUCCUCCUCACCUCUGCCUCACCUCUGCCUCACCUCUGUCUCACCUCUGUCUCACCUCUGUCUCACCUCUGUCUCACCUCUGUCUCACCUCCUCCUCACCUCUGUAUCACCUCCUCCUCACCUCUGUCUCACCUCUGUCUCACCUCUGUCUCACCUCUGCCUCACCUCUGUCUCACCUCUGUCUCACCUCCUCCUCACCUCUGUCUCACCUCUGUCUCACCUCCUCCUCACCUCUGUCUCACCUCUGUCUCACCUCUGCCUCACCUCUGUCUCACCUCCUCCUCACCUCUGUCUCACCUCCUCCUCACCUCUGUCUCACCUCUGUCUCACCUCUGCCUCACCUCUGCCUCACCUCUGUCUCACCUCUGUCUCACCUCUGUCUCACCUCUGUCUCACCUCUGUCUCACCUUUGUCUCACCUCUGUCUCACCUCUGUCUCACCUCCUCCUCACCUCUGUCUCACCUCUGUCUCACCUCCUCCUCACCUCUGUCUCACCUCUGUCUCACCUCUGUCUCACCUCUGCCUCACCUCUGUCUCACCUCUGUCUCACCUCUGCCUCACCUCUGUCUCACCGCUGUCUCACCUCUGCCUCACCUCUGUCUCACCUCUGUCUCACCUCUGUCUCACCUCUGUCUCACCUCUGUCUCACCUCUGCCUCACCUCUGUCUCACCGCUGUCUCACCUCUGUCUCACCUCUGUCUCACCUCUGUCUCACCUCUGUCUCACCUCUGUCUCACCUCUGUCUCACCUCUGUCUCACCUUUGUCUCACCUCUGCCUCACCUCUGUCUCACCUCUGUCUCACCUCUGUCUCACCUCUGUCUCACCUCUGUCUCACCUCUGUCUCACCUCUGUCUCACCUCCUCCUCCACGGCCCCCUCCUCACCGCACUCCUCCUUCUUCUCUCCACAGAUGAGCUCACAGUGCCCGCUCUGUACCCCAGCAGCCCCGACGUGUGGGCCUCAUACCCGCUGUACCCGGCCGAGCUGUCCCCGGCCCUCCCUCCUGCUUUCACCUACCCCUCCUCGCUCCACGCCCAGAUCCGCUGGCUCCCUCCUGCAGAUGGAACUCCUCAGGGAUGGAAGUCCAGGCAGUUCUGCUGA